GACAGCUCUGACAAAGCCCGAGAGCAGAAGCCCAAAGCUAGUUGGCGCGGGCGCAGUUACCCAGACUAGGGCGCCCUACCGCCAAGGUCCUACAAACGGUGUCUAGGAAUUGAGGGAGUCUCUGGGGACUUUGCUGGAAAGCCUCUGUCUCAAAACCUUCCAUCUAAAUGCAAUCCGAAACCCCAGAGGCGAGGCGAGGUUAGGGAAAAAAAAAAAAGAUUUCAACUUAAAUGAAACAUUCCAACUCCCCACCCCCCACCCUCGCCCCUUGACAUCUUGCCUUCAGUUUCCCGAGGGCUCGGGUCAACUUCCCCCUCCGUUCCUAGGUCUGUCCGGGCGGGGGUGACCCGCCUUGCUGGUGCCGGGAGGGUGGGAGCUGGCGAGAGCGAGGAAAGGCGGAGCCUGGGCAGGUGUGUCAUUAUAAAUGUGCGGGCACAGCCGCGCGCCGCCGCUGCGGUUUUCAGCACCCGGGCUGAGAACAGAGCUCUUAACCCUUGUCCACCACUUCUGGAUUUCUAAGUAAAUUCUCUCUCUCUCUGUCUCUCUGUGGGUCUCUGUCUCUCCAUCUCCAUCCAGUUCAUUGUUAGAGGGAAAACAUCACCUUGCCCAUCUAGGUUUUUUUCUUCUUUCAGGAUCGUUGGCGGAGAGCGCAGGCAAGGUGGGGCAGAUGGUGGCGGAAGUGGGGCAGAAGGCUGACCGCGUGUGCUCCUACGGGAUGAAGCUCAGCUGGGACAUCAACGAUCCGCAGAUGCCUCAGGAGCCGGCCCACUUCGACCACUUCUGUGAGUGGCCCGACGGCUACGUGCGCUUCAUCUACCGCAGCGAUGAGAAGAAGGCUCAGCGCCACCUGAGCGGCUGGGCCAUGCGCAACACCAACAACCACAACGGCCACAUCCUCAAGAAGUCGUGCCUGGGUGUGGUGGUGUGCGCUCGGGCCUGCGCCCUGCCCGACGGCUCCCGCCUGCAGCUGCGGCCUGCCAUCUGUGACAAGGCUCGCCUGAAGCAGCAGAAGAAAGCAUGUCCCAACUGUCAUUCCGCUUUGGAGUUGAUUCCCUGUCGAGGGCACAGCGGAUACCCUGUAACCAACUUCUGGCGGCUUGAUGGCAACGCGAUAUUUUUCCAAGCCAAGGGAGUUCAUGAUCACCCAAGACCAGAGAGCAAAUCAGAGACAGAAGCUAGAAGAAGUGCCAUCAAGAGACAAAUGGCCUCUUUUUACCAACCCCAGAAAAAGAGAAUCCGAGAACCAGAGGCUGGAGAGAAUCAAGACAACAGUGGACAUUUCAACAACAUGCCUCCCUUGGAAAAUCCAGAAGAGUUUGAUCUAAUUGCUGACACCGGCUUCCCUAUCUCAGGGCAGCCUUGCUUUUCCUUCCCAAGCUCCGAGGCUUACAAAGCUACCUGUGACCUAGCCACCUUCCAAGGAGACGUAAUGCCACCCUUUCAAAAAUACCCAAACCCAAGGAUUCUUUUGCCUAGGCCACCUUGCAGCUAUGAAUUAGCAGGUCCUAGUUACACAAAUUCAAACUCACAUCCCACCCUUUAUACAAAUUCCAGCAGCAUCCCUAAUGACAUGGACUGGGUUCAUCUGAAUGCACUACAAUAUAACGUCAAUUCCUACAGCAGCUUUGAGAGAAGCUUUGAUUUCACCAGUAAACAACACGGCUGGAAACCAGCUCUUGGAGCACCUGGCCUUGGGGAGAGGCCAGACCAUGGACAAUUCCAGGCUGUGGCCACUCACCCUUAUUAUAACCCAGAGCUUCCCUGCAGGUACCUCACGGCUUCCCCAGCAGGUCCUCCAGCCCUACAGACCGUGAUCACCACCACCACCAAAGUGUCCUACCAGGCCUACCAGCCCCCUGCUCUGAAAUACUGCGACAGCAUACAAGAAGUGAAGAGCCUUUCAGGGUGCAACUAUGCUUCUGAAAACAUCCCCCUGUCCAUCUAUCCGGAAGGCUUGGACUUCCCAGCCACGGUAGCCAGGGCAGCCUCACCAGCUGGGUCACUUCCUUUGAAAAUUUCAGGCGAUUGCCGAGCCAUCAGACCCAUGCUGGCCUUUCCUCAGGAGUCCACUCCCUCUAGGACAGACGGAGCAGAGACUUGGGACGUGUGUCCAUCGAGGUUGGGGUCUGCAAUCAGUUAUCCAGACGGGGUUAGUCCGUUCGUUUGCUAUGACAAUGAGGACUUUUGAACAGUCCUGGGCACGACAUAAUAGCGGCGUCCAUGCGUGCAGUGAAAUGUGGAAUAGAAGCUCUCUCUUGUUUGAGCUGGGGGAUUGAUCUAGCGGACAUAUAUAAUAAUAAUAAUAAUGCUGAUCAGUUGAGAAAAUUACGGGUUGGAAAUGUUUAGAUAGUAUAGGGAAAUUUUUGCACAGCAUUUUAAAACCUACUGCACUACAGGGGCGCCUGGGUGGCUCAGUG